CCCGCACCCCCGCGUCUCGUCUCGGCGCCGCGUCGCGGCCGGUCACACGCCGAUUAGGUUCAUCCUGAAGACGCGGAAAGCGAGCGCAGCUCGCUUUCGGAUGCAUGGAACAUGAUAGAGAUGUCGAGUGGACUUGGUGCAACCGCAAUGGGAAUCGGCGUUAGUCACGGGACGGGCGAAGGUGUAGCUGGUGGUUGCCGUCUCCGUGCACAGAAUCAAGGCCAAGCCUCAGGGUCCACGAUGCAGCAUAAUCCGCAACAAUCAUCUCAGCAGCAGCAGCAGCAGCAACAACAGCAACAACAGUCGCAGCAACAGCAGCAACAGGCAUCCGUGUCGCAGCAGCAAUCGCAGCAACAGCAACGUCAGACGACCGGAUUCACGGGUCGAUCGAAGAAGGACAACUGUUGCCUAUGCUGGUGCUGUUGCUGCAGUUGCUCGUGUAGGAAUAAAUGUUUGGCGGCAGUCGGAGGUAAUUCGACGGGUACCGGCAGUGCGGGCGAUCAGGGCAAGAAAAAGGGCAAUGCCGGUAUCGGCGAGCAUGGCAGUGGCAUCAGCGUCACCGACUUCGCGGGUGCAGGUGCGGGUAACGGUCUCGAUGGACUCGACGGCCUCGACGGCGGUCUGGAGCGCUGCAGCUUGGAAGAGGUUCGGGCUUGGGGCUCGUCCUUCGACAAACUGAUGAGGAGCGCCGCCGGCCGCAAGCUCUUCAGAGAGUUCCUCAUGAGCGAGUACAGUGAGGAAAACAUUGCCUUCUGGCUUGCCUGCGAGCAACUCAAGAGGGAGAACAAUCCCGAGACGAUCGAGGAGAAGGCGCGCUACAUUUACGACGAUUACAUAUCCAUACUUUCGCCAAAGGAAGUAAGUUUGGACUCGCAGGUGCGAGAAAUGGUGAAUCGCAACAUGGUGGAGCCUACACCGCAUACCUUCGAUGAGGCGCAGCUGCAAAUCUAUACUCUCAUGCACCGGGACUCGUAUCCGCGUUUUGUCAACAGCGAGAUUUAUCGGAGGGUGGCCAGAAUGACUAGCAGCAGCCCGCCUAGCCCGAGCACAGGGCAGGAGCAUAGUGGAAAGACGAAGAGCAAGCGAGGAGCGACGUAAUCGUGAUCGUGAUGGUCCAGAGACCGUCGGGAGCGCGGACCAAGACCUCUAAAAUCAAGCAUUUUCAUCAAAGCCACGAUCGGCCGAACCGUUCGGCAAGGUUUUGCAACACCCUCCUCCUCGUCGGAAAGUCUCCGUCGAGGCGAGGAAUCGCCCGAGUGGACAAAUGGCUGACGAAGCUAAUAUCUCGCAGGAGGGUAUCUCCAUCCUCAUGGAUGGACGACGAGCUUUCUGGUCGCGUCAGAUUGCUCGCACGGAAGCCGGGGGCUUGUUCAGUGAUUCGCUCUUCCACGCGAAGGCGCAACGGGGCCAUAUAAUCGCGCUCGCCAUUGCAUGUGAGCCAUUACGACACCGAUGAUGAUGAUGAUGAUAAUGAUGAUGAUGAUGAUGAUGAUGAUGAUGGACUGAACGUACGACGAGAUCGCAAUCGCGGUUGAUCGCGUAGAUCACAAAUCGCAACGUUCCACUUUCAGGAUUUCUGUACAGAGCGCAUGCACGUGGGAUGGUGGAUCGUAGCAGGAGAAAGGAUCACGCGAUCGCACGGGGAUGACGAGCACCAACGCGAACACCAUCGAUCCUCCCGUGUCCAUCGAUCUUUGCGAGCCUCGCAAUCUACCCUCACUGUAAUUGUAACUCAAAAGCUCGAAUAGAAGAUCGACUUGGGCUCGCGAGCUUCCCCUUUCUCUUUCGCUCUUCUCGGCUUAAAAGCGAAUUCGAUUUGAAUCACAUACCUUAUGUCUUUCACAAGCCAUUAUAAAAUAGUCAAACUAUCCUCUUCUAUUUCUUAGCAAGUAUUGAAGAAAGUUAAGAAAACAUUCUGGAUAUUUUUUUAAAUUAAAUUCACGCAUGUUAAACGUGAAUGAUUCUAACUCAAUUUGCCAGAGGCCAAGCAGACUGAAAGAGGUAGAUUAUCUGAUUUAAAUCUGAUAUGUUCGACGAAACGAGAUGCUCACAACAUAAUAUAAUUACAUAAUUAUAAUUAUCUGACACAUUUGCUGUUGAAGAGAUGAUGAUAAUCGCCACACAUAUUUCUAGUCACAUGUAUUCAAUCGAAAUUCCGCGAACAUGCAUUUUCCCGCGGGUGAACAAGCUCUACAAGCUCGCGAAUUGAACUUUUGCGGAAUAAUGAAUACUAAUCCCUCUCUCAGGACGCAAUUGAUCCCGGACGCAUUUUAUCGCGAUUGUGUCUCCUGUGAUUUUAAGAUUAACGCGCGUAGCAAAAGAAGAGAAUGUCUUCGUGAAAAUAGGUUUAAUCUGCUCAAGAUCGAACUUAUCGUUUGCUCUCUUUCUCUUCCUUCUUCUUCUCUCUCUCUCUCUCUCUCUCUCUCUCUCUCUCUCUCUCUCUCUCUCUCUCUCUCUCUCUUUCUCUAUUUCUCUCUCGUUUCCGCGACAUUUAUUCCUUCCAUAGAUGGGGGAGAAUCGAGUUAACAUCGUCACACAGCCCGUAACUUCAGGGUAACGUAAUGCAUUUUUUAUCGCGCGCAUUUUUCUAUAAUCACCAGUAGUCCGCGAGUUUUCCUCCUCGGAGAAGGACGAAGUCGCGAAAUCGUACUUAUAUCCAGGAAAAUGAGGAGAGUAUCGAGAAAGGGAAAGGGAGAGAAAAAGAGAAUCUUUAUCUUAUCAAGAAACAUCGUUAAGGAUACCUUGAUUCGCUUUCAUCACACUUUUACGGGUUAUCCGAUGGACAGAGGUUUUCGCCACUUCUGGUACGUCAUCCCCAUGGCGGAUAUUGAGCUACUGCCAGCGAGAAUACACCAAAGAUCGAACGUGCGCUGAAGCCAACUAAUCUGACGAUUACCAAAGGGAAGAAUAACACUCAAUCGACAUACAUCACAUCCAUAUGCACACACGAUUACACAUGCGCACGUACAGAUAUAUACAUGUACAAAGACACGCUUACACAUACCCACGCUGACGCAAAGCGCGUACGCUCGUGUAGAAUCUAGUCAUCGUCACGCGGAAACGCGCGUGGAAGAAAAAGGCCUAAACACGAGAAAAAAAAUACCAAGUGUAUCCUUCGAACUCGCGCGAAAAGUCGAGGUUAUCGCAUCGAAAUUGAAUUGUCAUCGUUAAUGAAAGCAAUGAAAGAGGAGGAAGGGAGGGGAGAGAGAGAGAGAGGGAAGAGAGAGAGAAAGAAAGAGAGAGAGAGAGAGAGAGAGAGAGAGAGAGAGAGAGAGAGAGAGAAAUUUCACGGCUCGACGAAAAGCGAGGCGAGACGAGGCGUCGCGGUGCGGACGCAUCUUUUAAUAUUAAUUCAUAAGUAUAAAUAUGGAAUAGAAUUUAAAAUAAAAUAAAAAUAAAAUAAAGAGACACUCGAGUGUCAUUUGUAAGCACGAUUGAAAAACCAGCAUCAUUCACGCCGCGGCGCCCGCUUGCUAUAAUAAGAAUUUCUUCUCGGCCGCGAUGCGCUCCGACUCGAACGAUUCACUUUGCCUUCAGAUUUAUGUUCCGCUUCCAGUGUCUGUACCCCGAUUCUGCAACUCUUAACAGUGUCGGUAUCAUUAUAUUGUUGCUGUACAGAUAUGAAAAAAAAACCUGCGCAGCGACAACAUAAUGAUAACCGUUGUCAAGAAUUACGAAAUCAGGGUACUGUAUUCUAAUACACGACUACCGAUAGUUAUGACGAUAUCAUUAAUUAGCGACAGCCAAUGGCGAAAAGGAAAUAAACGUGACUCUGAUUAGUCAUUAAUUAACGAUACUGUCAAUGUACUAGCCAUGUACAGAAUACAAGUCCAGAAGUGUCGCACGAAUGUUCCCUAUAGUAUGUUUACAUCUGAGAUCUGCUGCAGUAUAUAUAUGCACAGCACCGUGUGUAAGUAAUGUACAUGCUGGAGACUCAGAAUGAAAUUAUGAAGAAAUAUGGGCAAGUGUCAGAAACACGCGACUAAUGUUAAACGUAAAGAUUAAUAGCCAGCUUAAUAUAAAGUAAUGUCCCGAAGAAACUCCUCCAGCGUUCGUACCUACUUA